AUGGCACUCUUUUCUCAAACUAGUCAACAGGUUUUUCAGGCUUUGCUGUGGAAAUGUCAUGUGUUCUGGCCUGUUUCAAGAUGCCAACAACUGUUUGCUGUCUCUUUCAGCAUCCCCAAUAGGGAAAAGGUUAGCUAUUUAAGUUUUAUGACGUCUUCCAGCACUGCAUUGCCCGUGGAUCCCAAAGGAAGCGAUGCCUUUCCUACCAAGAAAAGGUCUGAAAUUGAUUAUGAAGAAGAAAGGUGGGAUGAGGAGACUAAAGAAAUAUCUGAAGGGAAACUCCACUUUUCUUCCUCUGUUGGAGCUCCAAAGAAACAGUUAAUGAGUCAAAUUCUGUCAAGGCGUAAGUUUACCGACAUACAGCCUCCAGAAAAACCUUUGCAGGCUGAGGAAUGGAACAGACUGAGGGAAGGCUUUCGAUCACCUGAAAUAUUUGAAGAAGUGAUGUUUAACAAUAUGGUCAGGUGCAACAGCCCCAUUGAUGUGGCCAAGUCCUUGCUGACCCACGUGGCAAAGAGUAACGGUGACAUUGCAUAUGGUUUGUUGGUCAAAUAUCUGGCAUUGUGUGUCCAUCAGGGGCAGACUUCAGAAAUUUGUGAUGUGUAUGACAUAAUGAAAAUCAGAUUUAAGAUUUUAGAAAGUGGUGCUUACAACCUUAUUAUCAGGGGGUUGAGUAAUUCGGAUCAGUGGAGAAUGGCCUUGACUCUUUUGGAAGAAGUAAAAAAGAUUAUGAUUCCCUCGCGGACAAACUAUGAAUCCUGUAUCAAAGCAGCCUGCCGUCACCAAGAAAUGAACCUCGCAUUUGAACUUUAUCAUGAAAUGUUGGCUAAGGAUUUGGUCCCAACCUUAGAUGUCCUGCAGGCCUUUUUUGACUUCAGCAGGGGUAUGAAAGGUGCUGAGUUACAAAACCAGCUGUUUGGUAUUCUCUUAUAUUUGAGAGAGAACCAAAUAUACCCUCACAAAACAUUUAUGCGGAGUAUAAAGCUAUGGUUUGAAAGUAUACCAGGAAAGAACUGGAGAGGACACCUGACCAACAUUAAAGACAGCGGACAGUGCCCAGUUUGCAACCAUCAGCUGGAGGACAGUGACCUCACCGAAGAGGAGUAUAAUAAUCUCAGAGAAAGAAUAAUAAGGGAUGUGAUACAUGGAACUGACCCUUUUAGAAAGACAACCCCACAGGAAUUUGAAGCCUUUCAAACAUUUGUGGAAAAUCGACUUCCAUUUGAUGUUGUUAUUGAUGGACUCAAUGUUUCCCACAUAAAAACCAGAAAGAUGCAGUGUGAAAACCUAUUUGAUGCUAUCAACUGCUUGGCAAAAGAGAAUGUCCGGUUGCUUGUGCUGGGCCGCAAACACAUGCUGAUUAACUCUUCGAAUUGGAAAAGAGAGAUUAUGAAGGAGAUGCAGAAUAAGGCAGACUUCUUCUUCGCUGAAAAUAUCUCUGAAGAUGAUGCGUUCUUGUUAUAUGCCACUCUUCGAUCAGGCAAGCAUUGCAAGUUUGUUACUAGAGACUUCCUCCGGGAUCACAAGGCUUGUCUUUCCGACAGUCUGACGCGUCAUCUGUUCCGUAAGUGGCAGCGUGGACACCAAAUGGUGUUUUCCCCUUCUGUAGAAGGAAAGCAUAUAAAUUUCUUGCCUGCUUUCCGUUAUGACUGUGUGGUACAGACUACAGGUGAUACAUGGCAUAUCCCCUAUAAAGACAUUUUUGAGGAAAAAUAUUCAUAUCGAGUACCAAGAAAAUGGCUCUGCAUUCGACAGAAACGAUGA